AUGUCAUCUUCUGGUGUGCAGAGGUUCACUCCCUCAAGUGGCCUGGUUCUGCAGGAAUGUGAACAGUUCCCCAUAGUUGAUAAAGUUGAAGUGUUAGACAACAAUAAACCACAACUUGCGCGCGCAGAGGCUGGGAAUGGACCCAAUGAUCAUUACAAGUCCAAGUUGUCACCACUUAGGUACAAAAUCAGAAGUUAUUUUUUGCCAUGGAUCCGGAAGGAAACCGAAUUGCUAGCCUAUGUACAAGCAUCACUCAGAAACCCAUUCCUUGACAUAUACUUUGCAUGGACUGCGAAUUUAGCAUCUCAUACAUUUUACGUGUUGAUGCUCCCACUUCCAAUGUGGUUUGGAGCUAGCACCAUGGGGAGACACUUGGUCUGUGUCCUAGGGUUAGGGAUUUUCUUCACUGGCCAUUUCAAAGAUUAUCUUUGUCUUCCAAGACCAAGAUCUCCUCCACUUCAUAGAAUUACAAUGUCUUCUUAUACCACCCAGGAGUAUGGGUUCCCCCUGAGUCAUAGUGCCAAUGCUACCGCUGUUACUUUGGUUCUUUUCAUGACAGUCAUGACUUCAGACUAUACUUUAAUGGUUCGUUGGUCAUUAUAUUUUAUUUUCACCUUGUAUUAUGUUUCCUUAAUUUUCGGUAGAAUUUAUUGUGGAAUGCAUGGAUUUCUUGAUGUUUUCUUUGGUUCUCUUAUUGGAUGUUGUGUGUUUUUAUUUAGAGCAUAUCUUGGACCAUUAUGUGACGAAUGGCUCUUUCUGAGUAAAAGUGGACUUUCUCUCAUUAGUACUCCAUUGAUCAUUAUAUCGGGUUACCUUUUACUUAUCCAUUUCCAUGCUGAACCAGUAGAUGAUUGUCCAUGCUUUGAUGAUUCAGUAGCGUUUAUUGGAGUUCUUAUCGGUCUUGAUAUUUCUCAAUGGAUGUUUUACUUCACAGACCAUUUACUUAAUCAAAAUAACCAUGGUGAUCCACUUUUGAUUCCCUUCAAUUACACAGAACUUGGUCCAUUAAAGACGUUACUUAGAGUUGUUAUUGGGGUUGGUCUUGUUGCCACAUGGAAGGCAGUUUCUAAACCAAUUAUUUUCACUAUUCUUCCUCCAAUUUAUAAAGUUAUUGGAGUUUAUCUUCCAAGAAGAAACUUCGAAGCUACUGCAUUCACAGAAAAGACUACGAGACAAAUUAGAUCUCAAUCCUUGUCUAAUAUGAAUGAACAGGAACAUGGUACUGAAUUCCAUGGUUUCAUUAAUAAAAAUGAAAUUGGACCAGAAAAUGAUAUUGAUAUUUAUGAAAUUUUGGCAUAUGAGGAGGAAAAGAAAAAGAAAGGGCAACAAUCAAAUAAGGCAUCCUCUCCUGAUGUUGAACCAGAAACCACCAUCAGUGGUGUAUUUAGGCCUCGAUAUGAUGUGGAAAUUGUUGGUAGACUUAUAGUGUAUGCUGGUGUAGCUUUCAUGGCCCAAUGGGGAUUUGCACUUAGUACCGAGUUUUUGGGAUUGAACUGUCGAGAUUUGUAA